CAAUGACUUACUCGGUCGCACAUCGAGUCACAGCCACGAGUCCGAGCUAACUUCCACUUGAAGCUGGAAGUCUUGAAUCCUUCAAGGUUCCUCAUACAAGUAUGGAAGCCGAAAGCGUUGAGUAUCGACAUGCUCACCACGGGAGCGGUGUUGCCUCUCUCUUUCCAGCAUCUGCUCGCUGUAUCAUGAUUGCUGAGCUUCGGUGGAACAUCUUUGACCUGGUUGCCCCUCCUGACAUGCCUGUCAGUGAUGCUGAGGGGACAUGGGUGUUUUUAGACAUGAGAAAGACACUCUUGGCGCUUGCCUUGACGUGCAAGUCAUUCACUGAACCUGCAUUGGACCUUUUGUGGCGACAUCUGGGUGGGCUUGAACCUCUUAUCAAGUGUCUCCCACAAAGCCUAUGGAAACAGGACGGAGAAAAGCUAGAAUUUCAAAGCAGCAUAACCCUCGAUGACUGGUCCAUUUUUUGCAAAUACAACCACCGUGUCCGUUCAUUGCUCAAUCAAUGUCAUGAGAGGUACUCGAAAAACACGAUCUGUGGCGCCGAAAUAUGGCGUGUCCUCAGUUGUCCUCCCUUCUCGCUUCCCUUGCUCCCCAACUUGACAUCUCUUACCUGGGCCAAGGCCUCCGACCAGACAUUUCAAUAUGUUCGGUUGUUUGUGACCCCAAAAUUGACAAUGCUCAACAUUUCCGCCGCCUAUUAUCCACCCUUCACGUUUGGCCCAUCCGAACAGUCCAUCAUGUUAUCUAUCGCAAAAUCAUGCCCUUCUGUCUCUCAUCUCAAUUUCGGUUGGAAUAGGGAUGAAUUCACAGAAUCGGUCGGAGACACGUCGACCGUGUUGCAAUUAUGGUCUCAACUAACAUCAGUGAAGACCGGAAUAGUGUCCGAGGCAGCCAUACUACACCUGUCCAACUUGCCUUCGCUCCGAGUUUUGAAAUUCACAUUACCUUCAACUCUCGUAUCUGCCGAUACACGAAAGCUGCUGCAGCGUCUUGUGUUCUGCGCAUUACAAGAACUGGACAUAUCAUGCAAAAAUAUGGUCUUCUUGGACGCUUUUUUAGAGAAGCUCACUAUCACUCCAAAAGUAUUGUCCUUUACAAUCACUCAUGGAGUGGGUUCCGCACGGGCCUUACCGGCUCUGAUUUCUCGUCUAUCCAAUGCAUGUGCACACAACUCACUGCGACAGGUGCGGCUCAGCAUCACUGGUCAGCCCGCUAAUCGCGAUACUUCAAUCGAUGCUGCGGCCUUUCAACCACUCUUCGCCUUUAAUCUUCGCAAGUUCGACUUCGCAGUGGAUGGCCAUUGUGUUGUGCGAAUGGAUGAUGCUACCCUUUUGCAGAUGGCUAAGGCCUGGCCCCUCCUGGAAGAUUUAUCCAUCAUCGGAUACUCCAAUUUAAAUCAUCUGGUCACUCCGCACUCCUUCGUCUUGCUGUUGUGGCAUUGCCCGCGUUUAGUCUCGGUUGCCGUUCCCAUAAACUGGUUCAUGAUAGGCAUGCAUGACAUACCCCGUGACAUUCCUUACCAAGAAUUUUCUCACAACGCACUAUCCCGUUUAGUCCUUGUAGGUUCGAAGAUGGAGAAUCCGAUAUCAGUUGCUGCUUUCAUAUCAGCUAUCGCACCUAACGUAAAAUCAAUUCGGAGAGAUAACGCAUAUGACCAUGAUGAUGAUGAUGAUGAUAUCUUCUCAGAAGUCUACCCGACCUGGAUGAUAUUUCAGGAUCUGGUCGCGGCUUUACCCAUUAUCCGUGAGCAGGGGAUGAAAAUGAUGCUUCGUAGAGCAAUGCGAGGUUCAUACAGCCACCGCGGGAGUGCGCAGCGGGGGGGCCGACAAUGAAGAAGUCAGUGUUGGUGAUGUUGGUGUCUUCAGGAAGAUGGCAGAAGCGAGGGCGACUCGGAAUAGUAUAUGGAACUUUCUUACUCAUUUUUUUCUUGAUCAAGUCGUUCCUCCCAACCGGAGUCCCUCGACGA